AUGGAUAAUUGUGAAUUGAUCUUAAAUUUUGUAACCCAAGGACCUACCGUUGGUAACCAGAGUAUUAGAUCCAAACUUAAGGAAGUACGCGGAAGCUGGAAAGAAAAAAAUAGAGUUCGUAAGUCUUUGAAAAAAGAAAUUAAGAAAAAUUCUGGAAAUAAUGAUGCGUCUCUUAUAUCCACUAACGUCGAGGCAAGAAGCAAAGCUAAUGUCCUACCAGAAAAGCAAAAUUCUAAACAACAAUCUAAUCAAACUAAUAAAUAUUCAAAUAAUGGUGGUGAUAACGAAACACCUAAUCAAUUUAAUAAACAUUUAAAUAGCGAUUCAAAUAGUAAACCACAAAUAAUAUCAUCAAUUUUCACUUGUAAUCCUGAAAUUGUUGAUAUUCAUGAAAACAAAAUAUCAACAAGGAAUACUGCACAUUACGAACCAAGCAAUGCUCCAAUUAAUGACGGUUCAUUUAUUGGCAUGGGUUUGAAUGUUGACCUCGUCACCAACGUGAAAGAUAAGCUUGGAGUCGAAAAGCCAACCAAUGUCCAAAAGAAAGUCAUCCCAAUUUUAUUAUCUUUAAUUCAAAAUAAUGAUGACACUAGCAAUAAAGAUAUAGACGUUGUCUUACAAGCAGAAACCGGUUCCG